CCAAGGUGAUGUCAUGGAGGCAGUGUUGAUGCUGUUGCUGAUGCUGUAUCCCAGCGCCUGUAUCCCUGCAUCCAGACUGGGGUAACCGUAGUUACCGGUCCACCACCCUCAGCAGCAGCAGAGAGCCACAGGCGGGGACAGAGGGGGAGUGAGAAGGAUAUUCUGCAUCCCUGGAGAUUUCCUGACACAUUGCGAAAAUGACACUGGCAGCCUACAAAGAGAAGAUGAAAGAGCUCCCCCUGGUGUCUCUGUUCUGCACCUGCCUGAACCCACAGACUCUAGAAAAAACAUCAUACAAGGCAGAAGAUGCAGUGGACCUGGGAUGGUGCGUCAUCAAAGACGUGGAGGUGAUUGAGCUGAACAAGCGGGCAUCCGGUCAGGCCUUUGAGGUCAUCCUGAAACCCCCGUGCUUUGAUGGCGUGCCAGAGCUCAACGCCUCCAUGCCGCAGCGCCGUGACCCCUCCCUGGAGGAGAUCCAGAAAAAACUGGAAGCUGCUGAGGAGAGACGAAAGUGCCAGGAGGCUGAGCUGCUGAAGCACCUGGCGGAGAAGAGGGAGCACGAGCGUGAGGUGAUCCAGAAGGCCUUUGAGGAGAACAACAACUUCAUCAAGAACGCCAAAGAGAAGCUGGAGCAGAAGAUGGAGGCCAACAAGGAGAACAGGGAGGCCCUGUUGGCUGCCAUGCUUGAGAGGCUGCAAGAGAAGGACAAGCAUGCAGAGGAAGUGAGGAAGAACAAGGAACUGAAGGAGGAAGCAUGCCGGUAGACCAGCUGAGUGCUGAAGAGAAAUGGAGAGUUAUUUGAAUUGUAAAAGUAAAAAAAAAAAAAAAAAACUAAAAGAGGAAAUCGAAAUAGUGCAGAAAAAGAAAAUUGCAUUUCAAAGAAGAAGACAAAUUUUCAUAUUUGGUGUCUGCUGUCGUGUUUCUGAACAAGCUGUAAAUUCAAAAGCAUUUUUUAUAGAAACUCAGCUGGUGUUGGGUUGUGAUUGGCAUUAAAAUGAAAAGUUUUCCUUUAAAAUGU